AUGGAGCUGUUGUUGCCGGGGUUAUUUGUGCUUCAAGUGCUCUGUUUUGUUAGCGGCUAUCCCAGUGGUGCUCCCACCGGCGCCUGUGAGGACAUGUUGCCUCGCCACACUGGGGUGCAGCCUCAGCCUUCACCAGCACCCUAUGCUCUUCUCGCCGACACCAGGACGUUUCAGCCAGGCGAUCCCAUUACAGUGACUAUCACUGGACCAGAAUACAGAGGUGUGCUUCUGGAAGCUCGAACACUCGGCAGCACUAACGCUCUGGGGAGCUGGCAACUUCCUCCUCCAGACACCAGGUUUCUUGAGUGCACUGGGAAUCCACAAGGUGCUAUUACUCAUUCCAACACCAACCUGAAGGGCAACGCCACUGCAUACAGAUGGAUACCACCCAACUCUACACACCCUGUAUACUUCAUGGCCACGGUAGCUCAGCAGCGCGCUGUCUUCUGGGUUAAUGUAAGGUCCGCCUCUCUGACCAGAGGGAAACCAGGAGGACUCGGUUUGGCAACUGCGGCAAGUGCUGGAGUGGCUGAAGAAAAACAUCUGCUUCUCCUCAUGAUUUGUUUUCUGAUGUUACAGGUGCUGGGGUGA